GACUCGGUCUGUGUGCGGCAUCUUGCGGGAGAGAAACCCUAGAGAAAUCAGAGUUUACUGAGAAUGUCUGCAACCGGCGGUGUUGCUGGCGCCGGCACCGGCGGUCAGGAGGAGGACAAGAAGCCCAUGGACCAAGGAGCUCACAUAAACUUGAAGGUCAAGGGCCAGGAUGGUAACGAGGUGUUCUUUAGGAUCAAAAGAAGCACCCAGUUACGGAAGCUUAUGUCUGCUUAUUGUGAUCGACAGUCAGUGGAGUUAAACUCCAUUGCAUUCUUAUUUGAUGGUCGCAGACUCCGUGGAGAGCAGACUCCAGAUGAGCUUGAAAUGGAGGAUGGUGAUGAAAUAGAUGCAAUGCUGCACCAAACUGGAGGGGUUGCAUGGAUGUGUCUAACUGCAAAUUGAAGUAGAUAUAAUAAUAUAAAUAAAAUAUGAGAAAAGGAUGGCAAGGAUAGCUGCUUCCUGACUCUGUAAUAUUUUGGUACAGGCUACGGUGACUUGAUGACUUUCUGUAAAGGAAAAUGGUUUGAAGUUAGGUUUUUGGUCCAUCCAUGGAUUCAAUGUUUGAUGGUCUCUUGCUGCUACAUUUUGGAGAUUCUGGAAUUUAUUCCCUAUUAAUUCUAUGUUUUGGAAUAUUGUGUUUUCUUUAA